CGAGUAGGGUACACAACUUCAGGAUCAACUUCAACAUUUCAGCCAGAAAAACACAUGGAAAAACAUCACAAUUGACAACAUGUCUUCAAAUUACCGAGACCAAGCUCGGUAUUCUACAGAUUCUACUGAAGAUGAGGAGACUUCAUCCCCUUCCUCCUCUGCAGGAGAGGCCGCCAAGGUCACCCAAAGCAUCCUCUCCUCCCCCUUCUCUGAUUACUUGAUUCAGUCUCUUUUGGGGGAGGGCACCUUUGGAGAAGUCGUCAAGUGCGUAAAGUCAGCCACUCAGGAAACGGUGGCUGUGAAGAUAAUGAACGACAACAACUCAGCAGCUGAUGUACAGAACGAGGUGGCCAUCCUUCAACAACUGCAAGCUUUCGACCCAGACAAAUUCAACUUUAUCAGAUUCAUGGACUCUUUUAUCGACGGAGAGUACGUUUGUCUUGAGUUUGAAAUGCUGGACAUGAAUCUGUGGGAUUUCUUGGAAAAGACACCUUUACACUUUCUCUCUGUAAAAGAAAUCCGGCCAAUCCUUCACCAGAUAGCCACAGCUCUGCAACUCCUGAGGAGCCUUGGAGUUGUACAUACAGAUCUCAAACCAGACAACAUCAUGUUCGUGGACCGUGUAAACAAGCCAUUCAAGAUUAAGAUUAUUGACUUUGGCUUGGCCCGUCAUGUCUCUCAGAUCGAAUCGGGCUCAUACAUGCAGCCACGCUAUUACAGGUCUCCAGAGGCCAUCCUGGGAUUUCCCUUCACAACAGCCAUUGACAUGUGGUCUUUGGGCUGCGUUGCUGCGGAGCUGUUCCUGGGCUAUGUGCUGUACCCCGGCGACUGCGACUACGACAUGCUCCAGCAUAUGGUGCAGACUCAGGGUCAGCUGCCACACGAACUUCUAAACAACGGCAUCAAAACCUGGUGCUUUUUCCGUAGAAACCGGGGCCGUAGACGUAGCUGGAGAUUAAAGACGCCAUUUGAAUACGGACAAGUCACCCGCAGCGAGAGCCAUUUCAACUCCCUGAAUGACCUGAAGAAUAUUAGACCAGCCUGCCAUCUGUCAAACGAAGACACCAUGGCAGAAAGCAAAGACCAGGAGAACUUUGUGGAUUUGCUCAAGAAGAUGCUUCAUCUGGACAUCGGUCAACGGAUAACACCCGGCCAACUUCUGGAGGAUCCAUUCAUCACCAUGUGCGACCUGGCUAACAGCUACCCCAACAGCUUUUACGUGAAAUUAGGCUGUGAAAUGAUGGAAGUCUGUCUGGAUCAGAGUGUGAACCCUCAUGACAUGGAUCAGCAGCCGUGGCUGAACCCGCAGGCCUCCACCAGCACCGCCAGCCUGGACCAGCACAACAUCCCCGGCCAGGUCACUCCUGUCUGGAACCGUCGCCAAGAGCAUCCCUUCGUACUGAGGAUAGCAUCGGCCGUCUCCAGCAGCCUCUCCAUCCAGGACCAGAGCCUAUCACAACCACAGCAACUCAGCUUCUCUGCUGAGGAGGAAAUGACAGCGCUGCCCUCCACCUCUGAGGCUCAAAUCUACAAAGGUGAAGUUAGUCCUGUGAGGAAAAUGAAGAGCGACUCUUUUGAAGCCUUACAAAGUGGUGACAUAAGCCUGGAAAGCGCCCUGACAGAGAGCAAGAGGAUUAAGACAGAUUUCAUCAAGAAACAAGCAGAGGUUCCAGCUGAGGCUUCAUCCAGCACGGCCAAAGCUAAGCUUCAGAGGAAAAGGACAUGGGACACUGUUGUAGCCUCAAACAGUGGCUUAAGAGCUCCAGACAAGGACUCGCCACAGAGAAAGAAGGUGAAGAUGAGCCUGCUAAAUGACUCAAAAGAGGCCUCAAUUAUAACUUUGUCCAGUGAGGCCAAAAUUAAACCGCAAAGGAAAAGGACACGGGCCACUUUUGUAGCCUCACACAGUGGGUUAAGAGCUCCAGACAGAAACUCGCCAGAAAGGAAGAAGAUGAAGAUCAGAGAAACUCUGUCCAGUGAGGCCAAAAUUAAGCCGCAAAGGAAAAGGUUGUGGGACACUUUUGUUGCUUCGAACAGUGGGUACAGAAGUGGCUCUCCAGAAAGAAAGAGGAGGACGAUGAGCCUGAAUGAGAUAAGCGCCACAACUGUAACCAGGCUUUAUCCAGCGAGGCCAGAAGUCCAGAGAGUGACAAAAACACCAAGCCAUGGAUGUGAGCUCAGCAACGCACAACGGAGCCAGAGUGAUGAAGGACCGCGAAAGACGGCGGAGGACAGCAGAGCCAGAGAGACGAUGUUUGAGGACAGCAGUUCCACGGCCCAGGGGGACAUCAGAACAUCAGGAGGUUUGUAG